AUGGCUCCUAUGUCACAUCCUCCUUGCACGCCAUCAGCAUCAUGUAUUCCAAUUCGAUGUCAUCCCACACCACCACCUUGCCAGAACCCAGAAAAAUGUCUCAAGAAAACGAUCUCGAAAGGCAUAAAACCAUGCAGGAGCGCCGUAUCUAUUAUGGCAACACGAUCGAAGUCCAAGUGUGCAAGUUGUGGAAAAUUGAAAGGCGCCUCCGAUCCCAGAAGCGUUAAAGCUGUAGAAAAAUUCCUAAGUAGAAAAUCGAAAGAAGCUAAAAUGAGAAAGAAUGAUAGACUUAAGGGAAGCAAUUCGUAUCUAAAUUAUACAAGAAAGAAAGGUUCACCUAGAUCAGAAGAAGCCUGUUGUCGCGGAAAGGCUGCCAGGAGUAUCAAACCGUGUGUUUCGGCGCCUACAUGUAGUGUACACAAGCACAGACCUCGACCACCGCCAUGCCAAGAUCCCGAGAAAUGUUUUAAAAAAUGUAGUAAAUCUAAAAGAAAAUGCCCAAGCGCCACUGAAACUAUGAGCAGGCUGGGAUCGCCUUGUGAAUGUGCAAGGGUUCAAUCUAAAGAUUCAAGGAUCAGCAAUAAGCGGAGAAAACGUGACGCUGUUAUAAGAUGGCAGAAGGGUUUCGGCGUGCGAGCGGCCGCGCGGCGUCUGGUGACAUGA